ACGUGUUUUUUGCAUAGCAACAAAAAUUGCAAAUAUCAUCAUGAAAAGGCAAAGAUCUGCAGAGAGAAAGAACAAGAGUGUGUCUAAGAGGCGCCGUAUAGAGCCCUCUUCAGAUGACAAACAGUGGUCCGAAGUGAUGCUGAGUCUGGCGGCUAAAUCUGCUCGUAAAUUGACCAGUGCCAUCAACAAGUCUGAGGAGCGUAGGGAACUUCCCACCAUACCACAACCUACGCACCAGAUGGAGUGGUUGGCUAGAGUCAAUUUUAAGCACAGAGCAGUGCGUCGUGACGUACCAAAACAUAGACAACACAAAGUCUCCAAGACUCAGGACUUGAACACCUCCUUUUACGUCUAUUAGUAAGGAGAUUGUUUUUAGUAAAGAUGCAAAGAUACUUUGUCAACGAUGAACAUGAAACGUUUAUGAAUUGUACAAAGACAGUGUUGCAUGCUUUAUGUAGACGUUGCUUCACUUCGUUGUGCGGGCAAUUUGAGGCAGAGUGACUUCCCUUUGUUCUUUAACGGGGAAAGCAUGCUCCAACACAUGCAGAAGAAUUUCCCGUAUGGCAGAUUCCACAUGUCAUUAAAAGAUAGCCUUAGAAACCAUUUCUGAUCGAUGAUUUGCAUCACGCCUCUUUUGGAAAAGGGGGUGGGAUAUGACUGUACAGUUACAGAAGUGUAUAUACUAGUAUAUAUAUAUAUAUGAAUGCAUUUUCUGUUUUCUUUGCUGAGGCAUUGUUUAUCUGGCAAGUUUUAUUUGCCCUUUUUUGACAGAACCCACCAUUUUAGCAAC